AUGUCUCGGACAGAAUGUAACGGGCGGCCGGAGGCUCACAAUCUGCCUUUAAUGGAGGUUGACACCGUUAUCGUGGGGAAUGGGCCCGCGGCCAUGAUUCUGUCUUACAUUCUCCAUGGACAUAUCCCGCAUUAUUCAGCCAAUCCCCCGCAUCCAGACCCUCUACUCCAUGCGAAGCUGCAGGAUGCAUCCCCGUUACUUGAUCUCGAUGUCGAUACCCUGACGGAACACUUUGCGGCGUCGCGACUUUCUUACUCCACCCAGGCGCUUCCCGUUAAUGUCCUUCUAGAUACCCUUAUCCGUCCUAGCGUCGACGUGGAAGACGCGGAGUGUACUACAAACGUUGAAUGGAGGACUGUGCCUGAAAAGGCCGUUUCGCACUUGGUUAUUGGCAAUGCGCCACAGGCAGGUGGUCAGUGGGUGGACAACCCCAUGCCUGCGAGCUGGGAUAUUCAGACACUGAGCUACGCGGCUAUGUUGUCGCUUCCAGUGUACUGUUAUGCGCGACACUAUCACAAAGUGACUGGGAAAGAGCUACCUGCGUUUACUCGACCGACGCGACGUGAGAUUGCGGAGUAUCUACGCGAAUAUCCAAAGGCCGUUGGAAUCGACGAUGUUUUCCGAUUCCACGAAACAGUGGCCGAUAUUUCCAGGACAGCGGACGGGUUUUACAUAGCCUCGCAUAAUAUCCGCUGCAAGCACUUGGUUUUGGCUAGUGGUAUCUUUUCAGAAGUGAUACAGCCCCUUCCGAUGUUGAAUCCGUUGGUAUCGCUGGAACCUAUUCCUGAGAUACCGCUCCUUGUCGUUGGAUCAGGAUUCUCCGCGGCGGAUGUGAUAAUCUCAGCUCCCGAAGACCAGAAAAUUCUUCACGUGUUCAAAUGGGAUCCAGAGAAUCGACCAUCACCACUGCGCGGCUGCCAUCAACACGCAUAUCCUGAAUACGCCGGUGUCUACCGAUUAAUGCGACGAGCUGCGGUCGCUGCAUCACCGACUGCGAAGCGACCUCGAGCAAAACGAGUAACCUCAGGCUCCUUCCUCGAAAGCCGAUCCUGGGACGAGGUCUAUGAAGGCCAACCCAAUGCCGAAAUUGCCGCUGUCGAGAUGGGCGAUGGUCAUGCCACGGUGACCUUCCGUCGACCAAACGACGAGACAUUCACGCGUAAAGUGCGCGGUCUGGUCUACGCCACUGGUCGACGGGGUACUCUAAACUAUCUCGACCCUGGUCUUCUCUCCGAAGUACUUGAGCUUAGUGACAGGACUGAAAUAAAUCCGGCCAUCUCGAGCCAGUCGCUACGCGCCAAAGCCUUUGAGAACCUAGAAGUCGCUCGCAAUGUACAUAUCAUCGGCAGCUUGACGGGUGACUCGCUCAUCCGCUUCGCUUACGGAGGCUGCGUGCAGACAGCGGGUCGAUUAAUUGGUGCGUCUACCGGAGAAAGCGAAGGCACAAGAACACCCAGUGGCUCAGUGUCAUCCAGGCCGAGAACGGCGCUUCCUAUCAUGAAUGGCAUCGAUGGUCAUCACAUUUAUCCCCAUGAGCAUCUUCCUACGUCCUUGGAAAAGGAUAACAAUCAUUACUUGGUCUCCACCGCGGCUGAGAAAGUUGGUCUCGGUGGGUGGUGGACGUCGUUAAUGCGAUUAUGGGGAUAA